UGGGACAGUGACCACAUCUACCUGAUCAUGGAGUUCUGUGCUGGGGGGGACCUCUCCCGCUUCAUCCGGAUGCGCAGGAUCCUCCCCGAGAAGGUGGCACGUGUCUUCCUACAGCAGCUUGCCUGUGCCCUGAAGUUUCUCCAUGACCACAACAUCUCCCACCUGGAUCUUAAGCCACAGAACAUCCUCCUGAGCGCCCCGGAGAACCCCCAGCUGAAGCUGGCAGAUUUUGGAUUUGCGCAGCACAUGUCGCCAUGGGAUGAGAAGCACGUUCUGCGGGGCUCCCCACUCUACAUGGCCCCCGAGAUGGUGUGCCGCCAGCAGUACGAUGCCCGGGUGGACCUGUGGUCGGUGGGCGUCAUCNNNNCAGAAGCGCUUUUCGGGAGGCCACCCUUUGCCUCCCGCUCCUUUGCUGAGCUGGAGGAGAAGAUCCGCAGCAACCGGGCUGUUGAGCUGCCCAGCCGGCCCCUGCUCUCCCUGGAGUGCCGGGAUCUCUUAGGACAGCUCUUGGAGAGGGACCCUUUGAAACGCAUCUCCUUUGAGAGUUUCUUCACCCACCCUUUCGUGGAUAUGGAGCACGUCCCUGGCCCCGAGAGCCUCUGCAAGGCGACCAACCUGGUGGUGGAGGCGGUGAAGAAGGAUCAGGAGGGGGAUGCCUCUGCUGCCCUCUCCCUCUACUGCAAAGCCCUGGAGUAUUUUGUGCCAGCUCUGCACUAUGAAAGUGAUGCUCGCCGGAAAGAAGCCAUCCGUGCCAAGGUGGGGCAGUACAUCUCCCGAGCGGAGGAGCUGAAGGCAUUGGUCACCUCCAGCAGCAAGAGCCUCCUGCAGCAAGGGAACCCAGCCAGAGAGCUCCUUAAAGAGAUGGCCAAGGACAAGCCUCGGCUCUGCGCUGCGCUGGAAAUGGCUUCCGCCGCCAUCGCCAAGGAGGAGGAAGGCAAAGAUGAUGGUGACACCCUGGAGCUUUACCAGCAGAGCCUGGGGGACCUGCUGCUCCUCCUGGCCGCGGAGCCUGCAGGGAGGCGACGGGAGCUGCUCCACGCAGAGAUCCAGACCCUGAUGGCCCGUGCUGAGUACCUGAAAGAUCAGAUAAAGAUGCGGGAGGCGCAGUCCAUGGGCAAGGAGGCACUGGCAGAGCCUGUCCGGAGCAGUGAGUCCCUAUCUCUAUCCCCUCUGAUCCCUUCAGAGGGGGCUUGGUGGAAAGGGCCUGGGGAAGCGGCCCGCCUCGUGGCUGCAGUCCUGCAGCAGGGAAUAUCCCUACAGCUGCUGCAGCCAUGGGGAUAUUCCUGCCUGUGGCCUGUACCUUGCAGUGAUGCCCGGGAGCCAGCCGGCGGGAUGCAGCUCACCGCCCUGGCACUGCUGUGCAAAGAGAUGCCAUCGGUGGGGUGGAGGAAAGAUGAGGCUUUCGUCUCAACUGCAUCGGGGUAA